GUUCGAUCGUUACCAAAUACCAUACAAUGCAGUAACGGAAAAAUUACAGGUUGUCGAAUUCUACGAUAAAAAAGCCAAUCAAGUAUCAGUUAAUGAUGAGAGUCAUUAAAUUAUUACGAUGAAUCUUAUAUGAUGGUACCUUCACAAGUUUAGUUUUUUAGUUGGUGUACUUGUUGCAGUUAUUACUCCUUAUAACAUUUAAAAUAUGAGUUUUCGUGUUCAAUAUUUACCGUUUGCUUUAGUUGGUUUGGUCUUUGGCACUACUAUUAUAACCUUCUAUUUAUCCUACGUAAAAUAUGAACAUGUAACAUAUAUGUUGCCUUAUAUCAGUGACACUGGCACAUAUCCUCCUGAAAGUUGCAUUUUUGGACAAGCCUUAAAUUUAGCCUCAAUUUUAAUUAUAUUUGCAAUCUACCUCAAAUACCUGCAAGUAAACGAAAUGCAUCAAAAACACCACAUAGAAGAAAAAUAUCACCUCAAUAAAAUAACUGCUGCCUUUGGAGUAAUGGCAGGUGUUGGAGUUAAUGUAGUAGCCAAUUUCCAAGAAACUAACUGCUUUGCUAUACAUUGGACCGGGGCUAUUCUGACGUUUGGUGGUGGAGCUAUCUAUUUGUGUUUACAGUCGUUGCUAUACAUGAAUAUAUCUCCUGUAAUUGGUCAAAGAAAAACCACAAUGUUCAGGAUAGUUUUGGCUAUAAUAGCUUUGUUAUCUUGUGUGAUUUUUAUUGCGGCUGCUUUUGUAGCGUAUGGAAACUUUGAAGGGGAUGAUAUGACCAAGUGGAAACAAACUGACGGGGGCUACGAAGCUCAUCAAAUAAGUACGAAUGCAGAAUGGGUUUGUGCCACAUCUAUAAUGAUCUUUGUAUCUUUGUUUUACGAAGAAUUUAAAAAUAUUAUCGUGAACCCAGUAACGAUUGCUAUAAUAGAAGAACCGAGUGAUAAAAUAUAAUAUGUUACACAAAUAAAUUUUCUAUAAAAAAAAUUGCGGUUAAAAUCUACUACUUUGAAAAUCUAAAAAUAUAGAAAUUCUGUCCCAG